AUGGCGGUCCACGGACGCUCAGACGUCGGUGGCACAGCUGCCGUACCAGACACACCUGCCGUCGCAGAGGGCCAGCAGGGACAAUGCGGUUCCUUCUCUGAUGAGGCAGCGGAGACAGCAGCGCCUGUUGGGUUGUGUGAGACGACGAAGGACGCCGAGUCUUCUGAUGGAUCCUCACGUGGCUCGACGAGGCGCAGCGCGGAAGGCGACGCCGAAGCGGACAGUUGGCGAGGAGGGAGCGGGAGCGUACUCACGUCUGAUGGUGCACAAGCACAGAGUCGGGAAAAGAAAUGGAUACCAUUAUGCUGGAAGACAAUUUCAGGACAUAAUGCACGUACCCCGUCAUGGUCUGGCUUCGAGUUGGAGAAGAGUCCCACUGCGAGUGGCACGCAACAACCAUGGAGACUUCUUGAGGUUGGCAUUGGAGGCAAACGGUCUCCUACGUGGAACACGUCAAAGAAUCACUCAAGCUGCGAGGCAGCUCCUGAGAAGACACGAUUCACCCCCAUGAUGAUUCUUGUUGUCAGCUUCACUUCCCUAACAGGUCUUCUGAUGGGCUACGACCUCUGCGUUGUCGCAACCGUGCUAAGCGAAAUCCAGGAAAACUUCCAUCUCUGCGGGGGCAGCUUCUCGUGCUUGUCAAAAUCCAUGUUCGUGGCCAUUCUCGCCCCAGGAGCGGCAGUGGGCAGUGUUAUGGGCGGGUGGAUGUCGGAUCGCAUUGGCCGUAAAUCUGGCCUGGCGCUCAGCGACAUUUGCCUUCUUUUAGGCAGCGUGGCCAUGGGCGUUGGAGAAGCAUUCUGGGUGAUGCUCCUUGGCCGUUUCCUCAUCGGCAUGGGAGUGGGACUCGGCUUUGUCGUUUACGCGACGUACACGAGCGAGGUCGCGCCCUCUGACCGCCGUGGACAGCUGGUCGCCUGUCAAGAGGUUGCGCAGUGCUUCGGCUGUUUGGUCGCAUAUGCUAUGGCAGCAUGCUUUGGAGAAGGCGCCUGGCGGUAUCUGCUCGGAAUGGGCGGAAUCCUUGCCGGCGUGCAGGUCUUAGGCGAGAUUUUCAUCUUGCCAGAGAGCCCGCGCUUCUUCGUCCAGCGAGGCGAAGACGCUCAAGCAGCAGCUUCGCUGCGGAAGCUGGGGAUGAAGGACGAGGCCGAAAUCUGUAGAAUCGUGGAGGAGCUGAAAGCAGAUCGAGAUCAUUCCCAGGAGGCCGCAGGGGCGUGCGACGGCGUCGAAUCUGCCUCUGCAGGGCCGCUCGAGAAACUGUACAGGAAGUGGACAAGGGCUUUUGACCGGCUUCGCAAUCACCGCAGGAGUCUUUUCGUCGCCGUGGGCUGCGCGGUUGCUCAAAACAUGACGGCAGCGAACAGCGUCAUUUAUUUCACAGUUGAUGUUUUUCGCCUCGCCGGAGUGUGCAACCCGCUCAUUCCAGGCGUCGGCGUCGGAGUUGUCAAGUUCCUCGGCGUCGUCGUUUGCAUCUUCCUGGUGGACCGAUGGGGCAGGCGCGUCCUGCUGCUCACGGGCACGGCGGGGACGUUCGUGUGCCAUCUGUUGAUGGUGACAGGGUUUGCCCUGCAGAGUGGGGGCGCGGCGGAGGCGGCCCAGGCGGCGUGUGCGGCGGCGGGAGGGAGCAACGAGGGAAUUUCCUUCUCCGCGAAACUGCUCAUCUCCACUCUCCUCCUGUACAUCUUCUUUUGGAAUACGAGCUGGGCGGCGCUCAUGUUUGUUGUCGCCAGCGAGGUUCUGCCAACGAGUCUCCGAGGCCUGGGCAUGGGAUUGACGAUCACAACCUUUUGGCUUCUGUCCUUCGUGGUUCAGUUUUCGCUGGAGCCUCUGUUCUCAGCGAUAUCCAUUCCUGGGACCUUUGGCUUGUUUGCAUGCUUGAAUUUCUUCGCGCUCCUCUUUGUCGGCUUCUUCGUCCCGGAGGCUAAAGGGCGUUCCCUAGAGGACAUGCAGAGAAAGAAUCGUUCAGGGCCGGCGCGGACGUGUUGUCGCGCGUCUCACGGCGCCGUCGGCGGCGCCGCAGGCUUGCAGGGAGGUGAGCCGUCGCCUGAAGGUUCGCCGCCUGCGUCGUGCUCAGAUCCCUCUUCGCAGGCCGCGGCCGAAGAAGGAGCGAAACUCACAAUCGAUGAGAAGCAGCAAUGGGCGAGAGUCGCCACGCCAGCGCCUGCUGAAGGGGACGCUGCAAGCGGCCGGGUGGCGUGA